CUGAGUAGGUUCCGCAGUAGAGAGACACCAGAGGACUGAGGGGACGGGAGGAGUCUAGUCUGUGGAAGACAACAAAGAAUCUUCAGUAGGUUCUAGAGAGGAGGUCACCCAUGAACAACAACCAUGGAGGGGAACAUGAUUACAACAGCGGGGACCGGAACCGGAGCUGACUCUGUAACCAUGGUAACAGGUCCCACUGGCACCCCGGACCUCCAGGUUCUGACCCACAGAGUGAAGCUUCUAGAGCACAGCCUGAGAGACAACGUCAGCUCCUUCACUGAGUCUGAGAGCGCUCUGCACAACAGGAUUAGAGAGUUGGAGGUGUCAGAACAGAGCCUGCUACAGAAGGUGGAGGACCUUACUGCCAACUCAGUCCUCCACUGCUCCAGCAUGCUGCAGCGCCAGAGGCUGGAUGAGCGGCUCCACACGCUGAAGGAGGAGGUACGCUCCAUGUCCCAGGAGAAGGAGCGUGGGGACCGUGUGUGGAGGGAGAGGCUGCGGCGCUGUCAGGCCCAGCUCAGGGCUAAAGAAGAGGAGAUGGGCCGCCAGUCUCAGUACUUUGAGCUCUUCAAGAGCCAGCUGCACCACAAGCUAGGCCUGGCCAGAGACAGAGAGCAGGGCCUGCAGACCAGACUCCACCAGCUGGAGCGACCGGUGCUGGAGAUGAACGUAUCUGCUGCCACCUACAUAGCCCCUGUCAACACAGCUAGCACCAACUCCGUUACUGCAGACAAUGUCAAUCCCAUCAUGGUACCAACCUCAGGCCAACAGAGAACAGAGACAGAGAGACUGCCCCACCCAAGGUCGGAAGGAGAAGGAGAGGAGGAGGACGGUGAGGAGAAGACACAGCGGAGACACUACGGACAACAGCUCCAGCAGAAGCAGGGAGCGGAUGAUAGAGAAAGAGAGGGGGAGGAAGGGGAAGAGGGUGAGAGUCUGGGGGGUGAGGCUAGACUGAGAAGCUUCAUCCUCAGCCUCCAAGAGGACCUCAGGGUUCUGCUGGAAAGGGAGGAGCAGAAGCUGGCGGAGCAGAGGGGGCUGAUGGAACAGCUGCAGGAAGUGCAGGAGAACAACCACUUCUUGUCCUGUACUUUGGAGGAGAUGAGGACGGUGGUCCACAGACUGAAGCUGACAGAGAGCUCCCUGAUGGAGGAGGUGGAGGAGCUGCAAGAGGAGAACCAGAGACUGUGUCAGAGGCUCAGCCACACCCUGAGACAAACCAACCAUAGCCUGGGUUCUACUGACCCCAGCCUGGCUACCUCCCUGCCAAACACCCCUGGCCUGGGUCAACCAGGUCCCUGCUCUGUGGACAACACUGACCCGGUGAAGCUGAUCCCAGGCCAGUCUUCACUAGACACACCUCCCUCUGCUCAACACCAUGGAGCAACAGAGAGGUCACAGGAAAACUCCACGCUGCCUCUGCCCCUGCCCCAGCCGGAUCUCCUAAACCUCUCAGGCCACCGUAGUCAGAACCCCGGCCUCAUAUCCCUGGGUACUAAGAGCGUUGAGGGUCUGGGGGAGUUGACCCUGAGGGACUGGUGUCCUGGUCCUGGGGGCUUUCCCUCUCUCAACCUGGAGGAGGGGACAAGCGAGGAGACUGAGGCCCUGAGAGAGGCUUACAGGAGCAUGGGGGGCGACAUGGACUCACUCCGGGACCACAGGGACCAGCUGGAGAGCACUCUACGACACACACAGGACCAGCUGUACAGGGUGACCGAGGAGAACGCCCGACUGAAAUGUAAACUCAGGGAGCAGGGAGAAACAGGGGCCUGCGAGGUGGAGCAGUGGUCCUCGCUCGUAGGCGAGAGCAUGACAAAUGUCCAGGAAAACAAGGUGCCAACUCCAAACCUAAUACCCCAGGGUAGCAGAGAGCUCACUGCAACUCCAUAUCAGAAUGAUACUAUCCUAGCCUUAGCCCAGGAUGACCUGUCCCUGUAUGCCUUAGCCCAAGAUGACCUAGCCCUAGCCUUGAACCAGGAGAACCGGGCCCUGGGCAGGCGUAUCCAGGAGCUCCUAGCCCACAUAGAGAGCCAGGAGGGGGAGAGUGAGAGGGAGCUAGUCCAGCUCAGGCUGCAGGUGUCCCUGCUAGAGAGGGAGAGCACCAGGCUGGAGCAGGAGAACCUGGAGCAGGGAGGUCUCAUCACUGAGCUGACCAGGAAGACUGAGGAUGACCUCAACACUAUCAUAGAGCUGCAGGAAAGACGGGUGGAGAGCGGUCAGCUAGGCCUACAGCAGUGUGACAGUGGUUUGACCACUGAGUCAGAGUGCGGUCAACAGGGUGAGCAUGCGGUCGGCUCAGUGCCCGCUCAACAGGGUCAACCCACAGUAGGUGUUGUGACCAGUCUACAAGGUGAUCAGACGCCAGGGUCAGUGAAUAGUGGUGUACUACAGGUUGACCACACAGUCGAGUCAGUGUGUGGUCAGCAGGAGGACCGUUUGACCACGGAGUCAACGUGCAGGCUUGGAGAGAAGAGGGAUGAGCUGAUUGGCUAUCUCAGUGAUCUCAAUGAGGAAAGAGAACAGGUAGCCCUCUCACUUAGCAGUCAGACAGAGGAGAAACACCAGCUAACACGCUCCAUGUGGGUUCUGAAAGAAGAACGCGACCAGAUCCAUAAGUCACUCUGCGGUUUAAAAGAAGUGAAAGAACAGCUGACAAGGACCCUCUGUGGUCUGAAAGAUGAGAGAGACAAGGUGAUGCGGUCAAUGUGUGGUUUAAAAGAGGAGAGAGACCAGCUAGUUCAGUCAAUGUCUGGACUCCAGGAGGAGAGAGACCAGCUAGUUCAGUCAAUGUCUGGACUCCAGGAGGAGAGAGACCAGCUAGUUCAGUCAAUGUCUGGACUCCAGGAGGAGAGAGACCAGCUAGUUCAGUCAAUGUCUGGACUCCAGGAGGAGAGAGACCAGCUAGUUCAGUCAAUGUCUGAACUCCAGGAGGAGAGAGACCAGCUAGUUCAGUCAAUGUCUGGACUCCAGGAGGAGAGAGACCAGCUAGUUCAGUCAAUGUCUGGACUCCAGGAGGAGAGAGACCAGCUAGUUCAGUCAAUGUCUGGACUCCAGGAGGAGAGAGACCAGCUAGUUCAGUCAAUGUCUGGACUCCAGGAGGAGAGAGACCAGCUAGUUCUGUCAAUGUCUGGACUCCAGGAGGAGAGAGACCAGCUAGUUCAGUCAAUGUCUGGACUCCAGGAGGAGAGAGACCAGCUAGUUCUCUCAAUGUCUGGACUCCAGGAGGAGAGAGACCAGCUAGUUCAGUCAAUGUCUGGACUCCAGGAGGAGAGAGGCCAGCUAGUUCAGUCAAUGUCUGGACUCCAGGAGGAGAGAGACCAGCUAGUUCAGUCAAUGUCUGGACUCCAGGAGGAGAGAGGCCAGCUAGUUCAGUCAAUGUCUGGACUCCAGGAGGAGAGAGACAAGCUCUCGCAGUCUCUCUUCAGCCAAAACGAUGAGAGAGAUCAGUUGAUGCAGUCAAUGUGUGGUUUAAAGGGACAGAGAGACCGGCUAACACAGACACUCAGCUGUCUAGAGCAGGAAAGAGACAAGCUGUCAUCUCUCAGCCUUCAAACACGAGAGAGGUACCAGGUGGACCAGUUUGUCUCUGAUCUAAAAGAAGAGAAAGAGCAGCUAGUUCAGUCAAUGGAUGUUCUGAGAGAACAGAGAGAACAGCUCACAGAGGAGAGAGACCAGUUGCAGAUGGACGUCGCUACUCUACGGAAUCAGCUGCUGUUACAGGGGCGGAGCCACAACCAGCAGCCCUCAGAGAACCACGUUGGCAAGGCAACACGCACAGAGGUUGUGGCUACAGAGAGAGGGGGUCAGAUGCCAAAAACGCAUGAUGAUGGUGAUGUCACUCAUAGAUGUCUGGCCACGGUCUACUCCUACAAGACCAUCCGUUUGGAGCAGUCUGCACAGAACCACUUGGGAGAGAAAGAGGGAACAGAUGUGGAGCAGAGUGAACUGAUGAAGGAGAUCGAGUCGCUGGGGUUAGAACUCAGAAGCUCACGAGAGGUACUGAAGAAGACCCAAUCAGAGGCUCAAAGGUGGUACCGUGAGCUGGGUGUGUCUGAGGUCAGACGAGAGGAGGCUGAAAAGAGGGCGGGAAAGGCAGCCAAUGAGGUGAAGGGGAUGAGAGAGGAAACCAAGGAGGUGGAGGAGACGAAGAGGGAAAACCACACACUGAGAGCAGAGUUGGGAGAGGUGAAGAGCAGACUAGUGGGUCUGGAGAGAGAGAAGACCGAUGCUCACUCACUAAGGAUCAAGAUUGAAGAGAAGUUCAGCUUGCUUCAGGCUGAACUCAAAGCCAAGAGUGUUGCUCUGAAGGAGCUGAGUUCAGAGUACACAUCUCUGAAGACAGAGCAGGGCAGCAGAGAUGACUGGCGCAACACACUCACCUUACUGAGGGUGCGCUAUGAUGACAUCAGAGCUAAGUACAAUGUUCUCCUGAGAAAGAGUCAGAUGGAUCUGGACAUAGCUCCUCUAAAGGCCAAGCUUUCAUGUCUGGUGGUGAAGUGCCAGCAGAGGAACAGUCUACUGGUACAGUUGAUGCGAGCCCUGCGUCGGUAUGGCUGCCUGGACUACAAUCUGACCCAGGAGGCUGAGGACCUGCUUAAUGACACAGCACUGCAGGACUACGCCAGCACCUUCACACCCCCAUCCACUGCAGCUCUGCAGGAGAACACCCACCUUCUCCCACCUGCAGCCUCAGAACGAUCGGAGCGCUCACAGACCUCUAUUGCAGCCUCCACAGCACAGGAGCUGAGUAAAGCUGUGUCUGAAGGCAGUAGGAGGGAACCCUUCAGAGUGUGUGUGGCCACAGCAGACUACUGCCCCUCUCCGAACAUGCCUCACACUCUACUGCCAAUGCUUCCCCUUUCUGUGGGUGAAUCAGUCCAAGUCACUGGACUCCCAGACAGACGUGGGAUGUACCAUGCCGAGGUGAAAGGGGAGUCUGGCCUGGUCCCUGCCCGUUUCUUAGAGGAGAAUGGGAGACCACUCAUCCUGACUUCCCCCUCGCCAGAGAGAUGUGCCAGUCUGACUAGGAAGCUGACCAGUCCAGGGAAGAUCAUCAACCUUCACCAGCAGUUGCAGAACACUCUUUCCAACAGCUACCAGGUUUUCCCUUCCAAUACCAGCCCCCAGGUUUACUCCAUUCCCCCUCCAGGACAGGGGUACUCCCCAAGAUACCCCAACCACAACCCUGCUGCCCCCAACCGACCCAAGCAUACCCUUGUAGCAACUACCCCUAUUAUUACUACUACUAGUCUCCUAUCUCCCACUGCCCCCACUAAAAUUACCAGUGAUGGUGCUACCUCUCCUAAGCAGACCCCAAACAGAGCACAUCCAACUACCAACCCUCCUGUCCACACCACCACCACCACUACUGCCCUUAGCAGUGGUAAAGAACCCCUCUCUAAAACUGGCUCUACUGCUGCUACCUCCAAUGUUACAACCCCUGUUAAUACCCCUCCUACCGCUAUGGCUCAGACUGUUAAUAAAGCACAAACUAUAUGCCCCUAUCUGCCCCUCCAAUCUGCCCCUCCAACUAUUACCGCUGGAACUACAGCCCCCACCAAAAUGGCCCCCUUCACUACUGCUCUUCGCCUUGCUGAGUUGUCACGACUACCUGAUGAGAACCAUUUUAUCAAGAAGCCCCUCUCCAACCUCCAACCUGAACAAGCUAAACCAACCAAACCCAGAGCUAUACCAGAACCUCCAGCUGAGGUGGGCUCUGUUGAGGUCAUCAGGACGGUGGGACAGAGCAGCCUCAUGAUUGGUUGGGAGAGACCGCCACUGGAUGAGCUGGGCUGCAGCAACGGAACCUUUGUGUAUGGAUACAUGAUCUAUGUAGAAGGGGAGUUCCACAAGUCUGUCAUGAGCUCUGCAUGCACGAAGUGUAUUCUGGAGAACCUGGAUCUGUCCGGUCCGGUCCACAUCAGUGUUCAGACCCUGGGCUCCAAUGGUCUCUAUGCGGAGAAGGUCCACCUCAUCUACAGGGGAAAACACACCCAGUUUAGGACAGACCACACCCGUCUCAACACAGCUUCUGCUGCUCCCUGCACAGACCCUGCCUACGUAGACUGCAGGACUCCGCCCACACACCGACACAGUGGCUCCACCCACCCAUUUGUGGCAAUCUACAAGUACAACCCUCUGAAGGACAGUCCUAACCUCCACCCCAGCAGAGAGCUGGCCCUGAGAGAGGGAGACACCGUCAUGCUCCUAGGCAACCCACGGAACGACGGCUUCUGUCAGGCCGAGGUGAAUGGCAGACGAGGUCUGGCUCCUGUGGCGUUACUAGAGGAAGUUUCUGUUCCAGACAGACAUGUAAGCCCCGCCCCUCCCCAAUCUUCUCCUGAGAGAGGAGCAGAUGAUAGGCCACUGCGCUUGCCAAUCAGUGAGAGAACAAGAUGGGCCGCUGUGACUGUCAAUCAGUGAGAGAACAAGAUGACGGGCCACUGUGGCUGCCAAUCAAAAAAUGCUUACCUACAGAGAGAUUAUAGUGGCCAGAGUUAAUGACAUCGUCAAACACUGCCUGCCUGUGACACAAACGUUCAUAAGCGCUCGCUGUCCAAAGUAAUUUGAAAUGGAAGUCUACAGUUGAGCACCAUCCUAAAUGUGGGAAGUUGUGUGGCCCAGUUCUACAUUGUGCUCCGAUAGACAGUUCCUUAUAGCCUACAUAAUACUCACUGAGAUUGUGUCGAAUCACCUCUAACUGUCACCUCUAUCAAAAUUCUCUCUAAUCACCUCUAUCAAAAUCCCCACUGUUCUGUGUGUAAUCUCUCGUGGACAGACGCACGUAACAUAGCUGGUAUUGUAGUGUCUGUCAACAGACUGUAGGAUGCGAUGACUAUCAAGGAACUUGAUCAGUGAUUUUUAAUCACUGAUCAUUUUGGACAAAUCACGAUUUCGCAUCUUUCAAAUUUCGGAAGGGGAGGGGACAUUUGGCCCAUAGACUUGCCUGUAAAGGGGGGUGGAGCUACUGCCCUGCUUCCGCUGCUUGCUCUUGUCUCUUUUCAAACACAUCUUCCCCCAGAAAAUAAUUGAGUAUCUAACGCAAUUACGCAGAUUGUAAUUCUGGGUUUCCAACAUUAUUCUGUAUGUGACAAUUGUCAAAAAGGUCAAAGGUUGGCCUAAUUGAUCUGACAACCUGUCUGACAACCUGUCUGAUAUCAAGUGCGUUCAUGGUAAUAAAGCUAGGCCAUUUUACUGGAUCUUUUAUCAAGCCAAAUAGGAUAAAAGGAGGUUCAUACCAAAGACUUGGAUAUUUCAGUUCUUUGUCGUUAUACAUUGAACAAAAAUAUGAAUGCAAAAUGUAAAGUGUUGGUCCCAUGUUUCAUGAGUUGAAAUGAAAGAUCCCGGAAAUGUUCCGUUCACAUAAAAAAAACAUAUUUCUCUCUAAUUUGGUGCAUAAAUUUGUUUUACAUCCCUGUUAGUGAGCAUUUCUCUUUUGGCAAGAUAAUCCAUCCACCUGACAGGUGUGGCAUAUCAAGAAGAUGAUUAAACAGCAUGGUCAUUACACAGGUGCACCUUGUGCUAGGGACAAUAAAGGCCACACUAAAAUGUGCAGUUUUGUCACACAACGCAAUGCCACAGAUGUCUCAUGUUUUGAGGGAGCAUGCAAUUGGCCUGCUGACUGCAGGAAUUGAUGUGCACGACAGUGUGUUCCAGUUCUCGCCAAUAUUCAGCAACUUUGCACAGCCAUUGAAGAGGAGUGGGACAACAUUUCACAGGCCACAAUCAACAGCCUGAUCAACUCUAUGCAAAGGAAAUGUGUCACGCUGCAUGAGGCAAAUAAUGGUCACACUGGUUUUCUGAUCCACUCCCCUACUUUUUUUUAAGGUGUCUGUGACCAACAGAUGCAUAUCUGUAUUCCCAGUCAUGUGAAAUCCCUAGAUUAGGGCCUAAUGAAGUUAUUUCAAUUGACUGAUUUACUUAUAUGAACUGUAACUCUGUAAAAUCAUAGAAAUUGUUGCAUGUUGCAUUUAUAUCUUUGUUUAGUGUAUUUACAAAAGCCAAUCAUGGUUGAUCAUGGUUGUUCAUCGAAACAUGAAUUUGAUUGAAGUCUGAGAUGUUCUACUGUAGAAUCGAAUCACUCAAUGAAGUCAUGUCAUUCAGAUGGAUAGAAAUGUGUCACGGAUAUAUAUUUUUUGAUAUGAUUAAAGAACCGGAGGUAUGCCAUUGGGCUGUGGGUAUCAGUCUCCUUUCAUUUCCCCAGUCUCUGUCUACAGUCUAACUGAAGUUAAUGACCUUUUACUUUUCUGUUCUGAUCUGAAAUAGAGAAAAUACAUUCUGUGUGAGACACAUGACUACUGCGUACUUGUCCUUCCUCUGAUUGUGGGAAUGGCCAUGGAGCCACAAAUGUAUUUUUGUAUCACUCUGUGCAUAUGAUGUCAUUUGAUUUCCUAAUGAUUUCUUUAGACUGUAUUAAGAGAAUAAAUGUUUAGAUGACAUCAGA